UCUGGCUGCUCUGUGUUUCUGUCUUUGUAGUUCAGGGAAACUGAGAAAUGUGCUCGAAGUGGGAUAGUGAGGCAGGACAGAGGGGUGGAGGGGCAAGAGGAGAGCACAGGGAUGGGGGAGGGACCGCAGGGAUGGUCAGUGCAGUCAUCACAGUGGGUGCUGUGUGUGCGUGUCCCCCACCCGAGAGGUCUCUAUCCUGGAGCUCUCGCUGUCCCAACCCCUGAGUGCAGCCUUGACCCUUAGUUCUCCAGUGGACCCCAGUGUAACACUGUGUCCCACAUGCAGCUCCUACCACCGUGGCUGGACGUGCCUCAUGGUGUACAUGUCACAGAACAAGCACACAGAGGCGCGGGAGCUCAUGUGCUCGGGGGCGCUGCUGUUCUUCAGCCACGGCCAGCAAAACAGUGCUGCGGACUUGUCCAUGCUGGUGUUAGAGUCGCUGGAGAAGGCGGAAGUCGAGGUGGCGGAUGAGCUGCUGGAAAAUCUGGCCAAACUGUUCAGUUUGAUGGACCCCAAUUCCCCAGAGCGAGUGGCUUUUGUGUCUCGAGCCCUGAAGUGGUCCAGUGGAGGAUCUGGGAAGCUGGGCCACCCCCGGCUCCACCAGCUGCUGGCCCUCACGCUGUGGAAAGAGCAGAACUAUUGUGAGUCCCGGUACCACUUCCUGCACUCUGCGGACGGCGAGGGCUGUGCCCACAUGCUGGUGGAGUACUCGACCUCCAGGGGCUUCCGCAGCGAGGUGGACAUGUUCGUGGCCCAGGCCGUGCUGCAGUUUCUCUGUUUAAAGAACAAAAGCAGCGCGUCAGUGGUGUUCACGACCUACACACAGAAGCACCCGUCCAUCGAGCACGGCCCUCCGUUCGUGCAGCCUCUGCUCAACUUUAUCUGGUUCUUGCUGCUGGCUGUGGACGGGGGCAAACUGACAGUGUUCACAGUGCUGUGCGAGCAGUACCAGCCGUCCCUGCGGCGGGACCCGAUGUACAACGAGUACCUCGACAGGAUAGGACAGCUGUUCUUCGGCGUGCCGCCCAAGCAGACGUCUUCCUACGGGGGCUUGCUAGGGAAUCUUCUGAGCAGCCUCAUGGGCGCCUCGGAGCAGGAGGGUGAGGACAGUCAGGACGACAGCAGCCCCAUUGAGCUCGACUGAGCCCGCCCGCCCGGCCUGCAUGAAGACGCCCUCGUCCCCGGGGCUCCCGCCGUGAGGCUCCCGCCACGGGGCUCCCACCGUGGGGUCCCGCCUGAGGCGGCGGGGGCCGCGUGGGCCUCGGCGCCGGCCCGGGGCUGCGGGGCCUGCAGCGGCUGUGCUGGGCCGCCCUGCACCCCCAGACUGACCCACAAUAAAGCACGGGCCUUGCUGCGCUACCAUCCUCUUUCCCUGUCCUUUGUGUCUGGUUUGCUUGGGGAGGCGACCUGGUGUCUGGCGCGCGCCCGCGGGCCUGACCCUGUCGCAGGUGGCGUGGGGGGUGGCCGCCGUCCCACCAGCCCUGCGCAGAUGUCCCCUGGGGUCCCAGACAGCGUCUGGGCGGCUGCUCCAGGCCACACUGAGGCCACGGCCCCUUGGGGCAGCUCUUACAGCGGGAGCAGGAUCCUUUCCACGUUUCGGGACGUGGUAUUUAUUUUCACUGGGUGAUGGAUUCCUUUGACCUGGCGUGGUAGGUGUUAACCUUGUAACCAGUCCAGGAGCGAGCAGAUGUGCCCUUUCCCACUGAUGCUGUACCAGAUGUUCGCAGAGCAAUGACGAGAAGGGAAACACUUUAUUUUUUCACAAUUAAAGUAAGAGUUGUAGAUUAAUACACAGUGAUCAUGCAUGGAAGGAGUGAGAUAUACACUCUCGUUGACUGUAAAAUGGAAUUUAAACGAAGGUUUGUGUUACUUGUUGAGUUGAAAUAAAUCCUUUAUACUGGG